UAGUUCCCGACUAUCCCUUGAACGCGGCAAUAGUUCUAAAACACCCUUACUUCCUGAUAGCGGUUUACUGACACAUGACACUCUGUUGGUGAUACCACCGAACGCUAAACUUCUAAACUGCAAUAGCAACAGAUUAUAUCAACCGAACUGACAGAUAUUUGUGGCAGCAAAAGGAGUCAUCAUCAAUACACUUAAUUUUUUUCGCGUGCCAGUUUGUAACGUUCUGCGGAAACCGCUGUCUCUGGGCUCUGGGUUCCAUCGAAAGUUACAAUGUUGCAACUGCAAGUAAGAUGAAACACACGAUGUGGACGCUUUCAAUAGUCAGGUGAUUCAAGUCAUUGUUAUUGUAUUCAAAGUUUGCCUUUACCGUUUCGAAAAUGAGGUUACGAUUCUUUAAAAAGAACCUGCUCAUUCUCAUGGGUGUUUCUUUAAUUAUUGCCACUGUCAUGAUCAUAACACGUGUAUUAAUUUAUGAUGAAGUCACAGGUGUUGUUGCUCAGGAAAACAUGUUGUCUGAUGACAUGGCGAAGUUUCAGUAUGGUUCUGUUCCUGAAUUGAUGAAGUCGGUUUACAAUGCCAAUUAUCACCAAUACGUUCAGAAUGUGGACACGUAUCCUGGGGAGCCUAAACUGGUCCUGGUUGUUCAGGUUCACAACAGACCAGACUACCUCAAAAUACUCAUUAAGUCAUUGGAAAAUGCAGCUGAGGUCCACAACUUUUUGCUGAUUUUCAGCCAUGACUAUUUUUCAGAGGAAAACAAUGACAUAGUGCAAGGGAUAACUUUCUGCAAGGUUUUACAAAUAUACUUCCCCUACAGCACACAGCUCUAUCCUAGUGAGUUUCCUGGGCAGGAUCCACGGGACUGUCCACGAGACAUAUCCAAGGACGAUGCUUUAAAAACAGGAUGCCUCAACGCUGAGCAUCCAGAUUCGUAUGGCCACUAUAGGGAAGCCUCCAUCACACAGACCAAACACCACUGGUGGUGGAAACUUCACUUUUUGUGGGAGCGAGUGCAGGUUCUUCAUGGUUACAGUGGCUUUGCAGUUUUCCUCGAGGAGGACAACUACAUCUUGCCCGACCUCUACCACCUUUACAAAGAGAUGGUUGGAUACAGGAAGAUCAGCUGCCCUGACUGUGACAUGCUGGCGCUAGGCAACCACAACAGCCUGGCAGAGUUUGAUAAGCUCAGCAACAAGGUGCAGACUGCCGGGUGGAUGUCUACUAAGCACAACAUUGGCAUGGGCAUCUCCAGAGAGGUGUAUUACAAACUGAUGGGUUGCAAUGAUGACUUCUGCACCUAUGAUGACUACAACUGGGACUGGACCCUCCAGCACCUGUCAGGUACUUGCAUCUCCAAGCCACUCAAAGUGCUGGUGGCCCAGGGAUCCAGGGUUCUCCAUACUGGGAACUGUGGGCUGCACCAGAACAAGGAGGCCUGUCGCCCUGAGCUGGCCCUACAGAAAGCACAGGAGUCUCUUAAGCUUGCCAAAGUCUCCCUCUUCCCUCAGUCCCUGGCCCUAACAAACGCAGAGUCAAUGGAGCACAAGGCUCACAUGAAAAACGGCGGAUGGGGUGAUAUCCGUGACCAUGUUCUUUGUAAUAACUAUGCUAAACGUCUAUGAACUAAGGGCUUCUCACUUUCAUCUUUUUGAUGUACUGAGGGUUGAGGAAUUAAGUGCCAUUCAUACAUUGAGUUCCAAAGACCGCAGUGUGUUUUACUUGUGGUUUUAAUGAGGUCUUCCAAGGGUUAGUGAAACUUUGAUUUGGAAUGUUUUGGUGUGUAUGCAGCAGUGUGAUUUAUAGCUUGGUUGUUAUUACCAAAAGUACCAUGAUUGCCAAAUAUAUUUCUUUCUUUUUUUAAACAGAUUAUGCAAGCCUAUUCUUAUGGACUGUAACAUCAUUUGCUUUAUAUUUUCUAAAAAUGAAGACCACAUUUUUGUUGAAGUAAACUGACUGUGUUAGACUUCAUGAAAACAACAUAAUGUUUCAACGCCAGCAGCUAAUUAUUAUGGUACACAUAAAUGACUUCAUAUUGAAAACUAAACUAAAUCAGUGAUACAUCCUUGGUUUCGACUACAUGUUAGAUCAUUGCCAUUUGUACACAUCCUUCAGAACAAUUAAGAGAGUUGAGCCAUUUUCCCAUUUAAUGUGACGCUUGUCCAACUUCAGGAUCUCUUACCCAUUCACACAAAAUCUAGAAUAUAAUAUUUUUCCUUCAAUUUAUGUGGUGCAUACGGUACAAAUAGAAAAAUAACAGCAACAGUCAUUGUUCGGUAUGUAAUGAACAAACCUAUAGGUUAUUGUACAAUAAAGUGACAAUCUUGAAAUUACUUAGUUUUAUAUAUUUGUCAAUAAACCAAUGUUCACUUUGUAUCUAACAAUUGGUUUUACUAGUGAAAUACUUACUGUACAUAGCUUACAGUAUGUCAUUUGUUUGACAUGUGUGGGUACAAUAAAACAUGUUUUACAUGGGAACAACAGGAAUUUA